AUGGCCAAAGAGAUUCUUGUUCUGUGCCGCCUUGAUCACCCUAAUGUGGUUAAGCUCGAAGGCUUGGUGACUUCCACAAUGUCUUGUAGUCUUUACUUGGUUUUCGGAUCUCCGAUUGAAAAGAGAUUUCAAAAAUUGUACACAAAUGCAAAAUUCAAGGAAGUUCAGCAGCAACUUCAGAUCAUUAUCGAUCUGGCUCAAGAGUUACUUAAGAGAGAUGGUGCAAUAAAGACCUAUCUGGUAAAGGAUGAAGUUCGUGUCGAAGACUUCACUAAGCUGGUUACACAUUCAAUGGACUUUUGUGAAGAUAAUGUAGCUGCAAAGUGUUCAUUGAAUAUUUCUUCUAACAAAUGGGCAGUGGACAACAUGGUACGCGAUGGGGAACACCUUAUACUAGUUACUGUAUGCCCCGAAGGGAACUAUGAGGAGGGCGAGAUACAGUUCUGGGAAGCCACCGGUUCCCCUUUAAUCCCUCUAAGUGAUUUCUCCGAUCCUAUCAUUAUGAAGAAGUAUGGAGUGAAGCGUGACCCUGAGACCCUAGACAUUGUAAACACUGCUGCUAUGCAAAAACAUAUUAUGGUGAUCUUGAAGAUCUACUGGGGAGAUGCUCGCGAGAAGAUAUGUGAAGCAAUUGAUAAGAUUCCUCUAAGCUGCCUUGUUAUAGGAAACAGAGGUCUGGGCAAGCUUAAGAGGGCCAUAUUAGGUAGUGUGAGCAACUAUGUGGUGAAUAAUGGUUCUUGUCCUGUUACAGUAGUGAAGCAGGUGGAGCAUGAACACUAGUUUGUGUUACCAGCUAGCUUACUCUGUGUGUG